UUCGGCCCGUUCGGUUCAUCGUUGGCUCCGUUCGUUUCCUCUUCUCGAUUCAGCCCGCCGCGUUCACUAUUCGUCCUUCCGCACAAUUAAUGUUUCCGUUAAAAAAAAAAAAAAAAAAAUAGAAACCGAGGAAUAACGGAAAAUAUUCAGUUUAAGCUUCAACUCGACGCGACGACCGGCGUCGCGUUUCGGCGGUUAUUCGUACUCGAGCGCGAACGGGAGUGACAUCAACGGGAACGGUAGUUGUGCGAAUACGCGGUGACACGGAUCGCGAACGCGGUCCCGGAUAGACCGCGAGUUCCGCUCCGCAUUGCGCUUGGUAGUGAAGAGUUUUGUAUUUUUUUCAUUUCUUGAUUGUGCCACAUGAUUUUCUGGAUAUGAUACCGGAUGGAUUAAACCGCCAUUGGGGAUUCGUCACGACUUGAGGAUGCAAGAUUGCGCGAAGGACAGAGGGGCGCGGACUGCUGGUGCUGCGAAGACACUGAGGUCUGCGACCAUCGCGGGAAAUGACCAUGACGAGCGUGGCUGUCGCCCCGGGUAGCCUUGGCGCACCUCCAGCUAUGCUCACCCCUAAGAUGUAUCAUCUGCAACAGGGUCUGAGCCCGUCCGGCUCGCCCACCUCCAGCAAGAGCUACGAUACUCUGAGCAAGGGCAAGAAGUCGUGGAGCGUGCGGUUAGGCCUGUCGCGGCAGCAUCAGAACCCCGGGGAUGACCCUGGCAGGGGUGGCUGGGGUACCAUAAGCGGCGGCAGCAUAUUCUCCCGCCAGAUGAUCUACAACGGCGAUCCAUGGCUUUACAGCACGGUCAGAUCGUCGCGGCUCGCCGGACAUGACCCGGCGCGACCUUUCCUGACACCACCGCCGCUGCCGGGCGCAACGCCGUUGCUCGUGGUAUGUUCCUGCCCGGAGUUUCUCGCCGGCACCGUAAGGAAACUCGGCAGCUGCCGCAAAUGCGGCGGCCAACGAGUGGCCGGACUGCCCUUCGGUGGAACAUGCCGGCUGCCGACAUCCUCGAGGUCCCGGCCGAGUCUCGCCGGUGUGCUGAGGACCGCUAUCGACGAUCCGUACGACCAGAUGCGACGGAACCGGCUGGUGGAGCCGAGAUCACGGGCGCGCAGCAUUUCGCCACAUCGACCGUCCUCGCAGCGAGAUACCAGGAGUCAGAGCAUGGUAUCAAGGACAGCUGUCAAGGAACGGAAAGGCACGACCGAGGGUACAUCGUCUAGAUCCGAGUGGUUCGACAAGGAACCGAGCACGGUUGUGAGCUAUGACGAUCGCAAAUCGCGACCUGAUUUCACCAACGGCGGCGCGUCCUCAGAUGAUUGGAUGCUGGAUGAGGCUCCGGAGAGUCACUCGCGAACUCAUUCCACCGCGACAUCUGCCAGACUGACUCACGUCUCAAAGAAACCAACGAGGGAAGCGAAUCAGAGAAGGACCAGCCAUGAUGACUGGAAGAACGGAACAACAACACCAGUUACUGCGGACUCGCGGAAAAGCAUCCUCGAGUGCAACGUAAAUCCAUAUCUGUUACUGAAAAAGCAGAAGGACGAGGAUGAUUUGAGUGACGAUCUGUCGGAUAACGCGCUGGAGCAGGACGAUCUUAGAACAAGAUCGUCCAGUCUAUUCGAUUCGUCGAAAGUAAAGUCGAUCGAGAGGAUACCGAAUAGAAGUGCUGUAGCGGCUAUCGGAGGUCAACGAAUCAGAGUGUUCAACGAGAGACCUAGAGAGAUAUCAGACGAUGAUGACGACGUGCCACCACCGGUCACCAGGAUUCCGAUACCGAAGGUAUCUCCAAAGAGACCACCUAGACGAUUGAAAGAGGCCCGGCAGACACUGAAGAGCAUCUUGAAGCGUGGCCGAGUGAUCGAGAGCAAAAGAAAGAAUGUACUCUUUAAUGUCGAUAACGUGAUAUUUGCACCUGAAAAACCGUCCGAAGCAACGCGACUCUCGUGGAGUAGAAUCGGCAGAAUCGCCAAUUGUGGUAAGGAGCAGCGGGACAGUAGCCCCGAGCCCAAAGAAGAGGAAGCGCCAAUCAUGCCAGAAGAGCAACAGGAAAAACACAAUUUCAUCACAAUUCCAAACAUCAGGGAUCCGAAAGUGGACAGAAUCAAAUACAAGGAGCCAAAAAUCGUGCCGGAAGUCAAGAAAAUCACGCCGUCUGGUCCCGACAAGAUCAAGAUAGACAAGUUCGUUCCGUCUAGGAAAUUUGAUCGUUCCAUUAUCUUUAAGAAGCAAGACAAGAUCGGAAGCGAGUCGCGAUCCUCACUUGACAACUCGCUAUCUGUUUCGAAGAUUGACGCUUCCAGAGAGAGAAUAUUACCAGAGGAAAGGAGAUUGUCGAAUGAGAGAACCGUCAGACUUGAGGACGAGACCGAGUUGGAAAUCGAGAUUGAGGAGCUGAAAGAUCGUCUCCCGGGUAUUGCUGUAGACGAGAAGGAUCUAAUCUUAAAGUCCGAAGAGAAUUCGAGAAAAUCUUUCUUGACGCGGAGUCAAAGCGAUCGGUCGUUCAGCAAACCGGAGAUCUCGGCGGGUGACGUCCUGUUUUCGGAUACGAUGCGCUUCAGUCUCAGCAAGAAGAUCAAGGAAUGUUCAUCGUCAUCGUCCGCAGUUUCACACGAGGAUGUCGACGAGGAAAGUUCGCCGAGAAGAAAGAACGAGACGAGAGAGAUCGAGGAAGAAACAGGUAGUGGGUUUAAGAAUUCCGAUCGCGAGAUCGAGGCUAGCAAGAACGUCGAGGAGAUUCCUGAGAAGACUGCCGAUAAUGUCGAAAAGGAGGUUGAACUGCCUCCAGAUGCACGUAGUGAUAUUUCCGACGCGAGUAAUGAACAUUUCCGUACGAUGAGACCCACGAGUUGGUCUCCGCCGCCUGGUAGACAGAGGCAUCGCUUCAAGAUCGGCAACUCUAACGCUGAUGCGGAUGAGAAUCCUGCCAGUUCGAUCAGGGAUCAUCGGCGAACGAUCUCUUCAGCGUCGACAGCAUCGUGGAAUUCGACGAGCUCCUACGGAUCCUCGAAGAUCGAAAUCAAUUCGCCCGAGAGCAAUGUCUGUAAGAUCACGGUGAGCCCGCGCUCAUCGCCGUUGGUACAUCGGCUGCAGAUCGGUCCGGAAUCCAGUCCGAGAGGCGCCAGAAGAACGUCUAUCCUUAUCAACGGAGAUCAAAAUACAAACGCGGAACUAACGCCAGGUAACAAAGUAACUAUCAGCGUCGGCGGAGAAGAUAGCGUGUGCAAUCCGACAGUGAUCUCUGUAAACUCGGAGAAUCCACCGAAGGUCCAGAAUGCUGUGGAAAAUCGCACUCUGGUAAUACUUCAGAAUUAUAAAUCGAACAUCGUGGUUGAGUCGAAUGAUGAUUCACGUUCCAAACAAAUUGGAAAGGAUCAUGUCGUCGAAAAUAGCGAGAUGAAUGUGAAGAUGAACGGCGAAAUACCAAAGUCGUCUAGUGAGAACCCUUCCUCGUGUCGCCACGUAGAACAGUCGGCAACAAAUUUUGAGAAACAGAAGAGGCUGAGCGUUGAGAUUAAAUCUUCUAAUUCUAAUAAGUGUUCGAAAUUUUACGCAUCAGAUGAAAGAACGACGCGACCGGAGUCCAAGACACGGUUCAAGGAUAUCGAAAGUUCCUCCAAAUUGCCUAGCUUGUCCAAAGAGGCUCUGAUCUCUAAGCUGCUCGAAGAUUCCCUACGAAAGGCUCGCGAGAACGGUGAAAUCCUAGACGAGGACAGCGGCCAAGCCAUCUUGAAGAUCCUGAAGCAGAGCUUACUGAAGAGCAAGGAAUACGAGAGUUCUGAGUCUACUUUGGAAGCAAAUUAUUCGCAUUCGUCUAGCUUGAAUUCAGAUGGCGACUUCAUCUCGACGAAUCUCUUCCUCGAAGAGAAUCCAUACGAGGUGAUCAAGGAACCGAUUUACGAGGAGAUACCCGACGAGCCACCGCCGCUACCUCUGAGUCCGCCACCCACGGAAGAUUAUAUCAAGGACAGAAUUUACUUCGGCGAAUAUUACAAGAAAAUCAUUCCGGAUCAGUUUCUCGGUCCCUAUUUGUCCGAGGAAGUUUUUAAGAAAUCCAACUCGGAGGAUCUAGCCGAGACCUAUUUAUCUAAAAGUCCCGAAGAUUUUUUCAAGAAAAUGUCAAUGUCACCCGAAGACGAGAAUAACAUCUCUACCAAGUUUGAAUUGUUAAGUUUCCUAAUGGAUUCUAAAGAUCGCACCCGUUCCGCGGAGGAGGACGAAGAUGAGGACGAAGACGAGGAAGACGACGCCGAAGGAGAUUUGGAGGCUCUAUAUGAACAGAAGGAGACUAGCCUGGGUGAUCUCAGUUCCAAAAGUUCACAAAUCUCCAACGUGUCCGACAGUAGCGAGGAAUGUAAUAUUAUCUUGACGAGCUCACCGGAGACAUUAAAGUCGAGAACAGUCGACAUAGAGAGAACCGACAGCGGAGUCGGAUCUGAGAGCAGUCAAGCCAGUAGCACUCGAUGUGUCGCGAGGCGCUGGAGGACAGGCAACAUCUCCUCCGGCCCGGGAAGCCUCCUCGGCGGAAUGCCGCAGGUGAUUUCCGGGGCCACGAAGCUAUGCGAGGAUUGCGAGCAGCGGCUGGAUCCUCUGAUAACAGACAGUGGUGUCGUUUAUGCGCCUUUCGUGUGCAGGAAGUGCUCCAAGAAACGCGCGGAACGGAAAGAGAUUAUCACGGAAAUCGUGGAAACCGAGCAGAAGUACGGCAGAGAUCUACAGAUCAUACUCGAGGAGUUCCACCGGCCAAUGUUAAGAGCAGGCCUUCUCACGUCCGAACAACUAUCGGCGAUCUUCCUGAAUGUCGAGGAGCUGCUCGAGCACAAUCUCGUUUUAGCCGAGAAAUUAAAGGAUAGCGUAGAACUCGCUCAAGAAUCUGGGGACGAGGAUCUCUUGACGGUGGACGUGGGUAAGAUCUUUCUCGAGUCAGAAAGGAUGCUCCACGCUUUCGAGAGUUACUGCACACGUCAAGGCGGUGCCAGUCUUUUAUUACAAAAUCUGGAGAAGGAGAAAGAGCUUCUUCGCAUCUUUCUCAGGGUUUCUCAAAUGGAGAACACGGUUUUGCGAAGGAUGAAUCUGAACUCCUUUUUAAUGGUUCCUGUCCAAAGAGUUACGAAAUAUCCUCUGCUUCUGGCACGUUUGCUCAAAGCGACACCCUCUGUCCGACCUGAUAUCCAAGAAGCGAAAAAGAGGCUUAAGCAAGCACAAACAAAUAUCGAGCUACAUUUGGAACACAUGAAUGCUGAGGCAAAGGAUGUUACGUCGACGAAAUUGUGGAGGAGAAUAUCGAUUAUUCAAAAUGGCAGACGGUCUGUCGGCGAACAGGAUAUGGUGAAUAUCAAGCUGAGAAAGAUGGCUGUCGAGAUCUUGGAAUGGGCACACGAAGAAGCUAGGUUUGUCCUCGAAGGACGUCUUCUGGUAGCGCAACCGACUGACAAUAACUGGAGACGCGGUCGAACUGUUAAACUUGCGCCUGUUACUGCCAUGCUUGUUACAAACGGCAAACCGAAUGCCGAUUAUCCCGAAUUUAACGACGAGUCACUCUUUCCCAAGCAUAUAGGUAUCAAGGAAGCUACCUUACUUCUGGUCAAAGAGAAACUUGGACGAUAUUCUUUACUACGAGAGCCGCUGUACCUCGAUAAAUGUAUUGUAUGUUGUGAAACAGAUCUUGAGGAUUAUUUCGAAAUACAAGAAUUAUCUUCUAAAGAAACGUUUAUAUUUAAGGCAGAAGAUGGCGCGAGAACGAAAAGAUGGUGUAGAACAUUACAGGCUCACGCACAGUCUCUUGGCGCUUGGCGCAAACGUCGAGGAGCCCUUCCUAAUAUCAUGAUCUGUGGUGUAGCAAGGAACUAACAAAGGCUUAGAUGUAAUAAGUACAUAAGUAACACGAUGUUAUCCGAUGUAUUUAAUGCAUUUUUAAGUGACUGAAGCUCUUCAUUAGUGCGAAAGUUUAAGCGGUUGCAUAAAUUCAUGUAGAUGAUCUCCAAAUGAAUUAGUAAUGAUUUAUUAUGGAGAGAGAAUGCUAGACCAAAGGAUUUCCUCGUUUCGUUGACACGCGAAAGUCUAGUUCUUACCGAAUUCGAGGUAUAACCAUCUGUGUUCGGUUAUUACAGUACGUUGCAGAAACUUGAGUUUCCUACGACACUGUAAAAUAAAGUGCUACGUGGCCUCGAAAGUCGCGCACAAUUUCGUCGAUUCCUAAUGAAUAAUUUUAAGU